UCCAGUGGUUUUAGAUCACAAGACACCAUGAGCACAAAUCGGCGAAAGCGCCGUGGAGGAGCCGUUAAUUCCAGACAAGCUUCGAAACGAAGCAGGCUGCUGGCUUCUAGUGCAGGUGAAGCUUCAGCAGCAGAGCCAAUAGACCUCGAAGAAAGUCGCGUGCUUUCUUUUGAUCUUGCUGUUGACGAAAUCAUAGAUCUCACAGACGAAUCUGCUGAGCCUGAAGUCAUUGAUCUAACUGGUGAUGAUUCUGUUGUGCAGUGGGAGCAGAACCAGGAGCACCCACUUGUUUCCAGUGCAGCAGACAAUUCAGUUGUGCCACUGGUGAAUGAUGAUGAAGAGGAACCAAGAGAUAAUGAUGGACCCAGUGCUACCCUUACAAACGUGGUGGACCAGGAUUGCUUCCUAGGGCAGUGGGAGCAGAACCAGCAGCACCCAGCUGGAAACCCAGUUGUUUCCAGUGCAGCAGAUAAUUCAGUUGUGCUACUGACAAGUGAUGAUGAAGAGGAACCAAGAGAUAAUGAUGGCACACGGCCAGCAGCUCCUGUUACCUCUCCAACUUGGAUAGAUGACUACUCAGAGUGGGAGCAGAACCAGGAGCACCCACUUGUUUCCAGUGCAGCAGACAAUUCAGUUGUGCCACUGGUGAAUGAUGAUGAAGAGGAACCAAGAGAUAAUGAUGGCACACGGCCAGCAGCUCCUGUUACCUCUCCAACUUGGAUAGAUGACUACUCAGAGCUUCUUGAAGGGUAUGAACAACAAAGGAGAAAUCUUACACCAAGAAGCCAGCAACUGUUGGACAGCCCUGUACUGCGCAGUUAUGAUGAAUAUGAAACAGCAGAUGAUGUGACUGACGUAGAGUCUGAAGUGACUGACGUAGAGUCUGAAGUGACUGACAUAGAAUCUGAAGUGACUGACGUAGAGUCUGAAGUGACUGACGUAGAAUCUGAAGUGACUGAUGUAGAAUCUGAAGUGACUGACGUAGAAUCUGAAGUGACUGACGUAGAGUCUGAAGUGACUGACGUAGAAUCUGAAGUGAUUGACAUAGAGUAUGGAGCGGCUGACAUGGAGUAUGGAGCAGCUGACAUACAGUAUGAAGCAGCUUAUGUAGAGCCUGAAGUACGGAGAUCACUGGACGAGGAACUGGCAAUUUCAGAGGAAUGGCAACGAGCUGUAAGGUGCCCGAUCUGCAUGGAUUUUUUUUCACAGAUUAUACGAAGUGUCCGACAGGUUGUGUCAACCCAGUGUGGCCAUCUCUUCUGCAGUCGGUGCAUCGCUGUUGCCCUUGAGAAUUCCAGGGCUUGCCCAACCUGCAGAACAGAACUCCCUCCCAGAGACUAUCAUCCCGUUUAUUUCUGAGUACUUCUGUUUCUCAGGACAGAAGUAUCCCCCCCAAUCAGAUGGAUUUUUGGGGGUAGGUGGUGGAAAGACUUUUUUCUUCAUGUACAUAGUUCUUGUUGUAUACAGUUCCAUUUUUCCUGAGUUUAAUUAUAAAUAAACUAUUAAUUUAUUUAAA